AUGUUGGUGCUGGCCUUGGUGGCGCGUGGGUCGGACGUGCUGGCGGAGGCGCACGAGCCGGGGUAUGAGCGCUUUGUGUCGGCGGCCGCUACCAUCUUGGCCAAGGUGCACGAGUCGGGCACGCCGCGUGUCUCGUACGCGUUUGAGCAGUGGCUCUUUCACUACAUGUGCGGCGAUGAUCAGUCGUACUUGGCGGUGGCGGACGUCGAGGCAGGGCGGCGCGUGCCGUUUGCGUUCCUCGAGGCGCUGAAGCAAGCGCGUGUGCAAAGCGCUGCUGAGAUCGAGUCGUUGCGGCGUGCGUGGAAUGCGCGGGGCCGCGACCCGAUUCAGCAGGCGCAGUCGGAGCUGGGUCAUGUCAAGGAUGUCCUUACGCAGAACGUGGAGCAGAUUCUGAGUCGUGGCGAGCAGCUUGACCUGCUCGUCGACCGCACGGACUCAGCGGCGCACCAGAGCCUAGCGUUCCGGCGGCGUGCGGUGCAUCUGCGCCGCGAAAUGUGGUGGCGAAAUACGCGCAUUGUGGUGCUCAUGAGUGUGUGUGCCUUGGCACUGCUUGUUUUUGUGUAUCAUGCGUUGUUUUCAUAG